AUGAUCCUCGAGUAAACAAACAAACCAACACCAAUGGAGCACUCUAACAUCAAUACCCGAUUUAAUUUACUGUGUUAUUGCGUGUACGUAUAUGCUAGCUCCAAACAACUCAUCCAACACUCACAUCGCCCUACUCGUGAGUCAAGUGUCUUCGGUAGUCUGGUGAACAGUAGUAUAGUAAGAGUGCUGUCAUCAGAUUAUCGGCUAGUAUUAAACACGAUCUCAAGUAAAACUAAGCUCUGAAAAAUUUUCUUAUAAUUUUUAAUUUCUUCACUAAUUUUAUCAACAGUUAUUAAAUAGUGAGUGUAAUAAAAUCAUAUAAAAUAUUUUAUGUUCUAACUUUGUUUUGAAAAUAAAUUAUCAAGAAAACUGAGAAAUAAAUCGGCUUGAGUGUAAUGUUAGAACAAAAGUUAAAUUUAAAGUUUUGUACCUGAGAAAAAAUGGUGCAGUGCUUUGAAAACAAAAAUUGCAACUUUGCAGUUUGGAUUUAAGGUCAUCGAUUAACUCGCGGAUUUUACGGAAACAAUAAAUAUGCCUUGUUCUUAAAAGGAAACUAUUGUAGAACGCCUUUAGAUAAAUUUUAUAAAAAAAUGUAUUUGACCGCAACUUGACAGCAGAUAAGAAAGGAGUUAAUUUAAACUUGCAAUACUCCGUAAUAAAUAAAAAAAUGGAAGGAUCAGAGGAGCGGGACUUUGACUACUUUUGGCAGGCUCUAAACAAAGAAAAUUUGACGGAAGAAGAGUACUUGACCAGGAUUCUGGGCCCGAAAUAUCUGUCAAUGAGACUGGUGGUCCCUCUUACCUUGGCGUACGUCAGCAUUUUCGUCACCGGGGUGGUUGGAAACAUCGCAACUUGCAUUGUUAUCGUUAAGAACUCAAUGAUGCACACUUCUACCAACUACUAUCUCUUCGGACUGGCUAUAUCUGACCUAAUUUUGCUGACCCUCGGAUUGCCUAACGAGCUCAGCUGUAUUUGGCAACAAUAUCCUUGGGUGCUCGGAGUUACUUUGUGCAAACUGAGGGCUUAUGUAUCCGAGAUGUCUUCGUACGUAUCGGUACUAACGAUAGUGGCGUUUUCAAUGGAGCGUUUUUUCGCAAUAUGCCACCCCCUGGAAAGCUACACAACAGACAAACCACAAAGGCCUAUUAAAAUAAUAUUCAUGAUUUGGUCUAUCGCUUUAGUAUCUGCGGUCCCUUUUGCAAUGUACACAAACGUAAACUACGUCGAGUAUCCACCAGGGUCCGGCGAAGCGUCAGACGAUUCAGCCUUUUGCGCAAUGUUACUCCCGGACAUGCCGAACUUUCCUCUGUACGAACUGAGCUGUAUAAUCUUCUUCUUGAUACCCAUGGUGAUAAUUCUGGUAGUUUACACAAAAAUGGGCCUGAAAAUUCGGAAGAGCGCUCGCACAGGGGAAAAUUCAAUAGUCCACUCCGUGCUUGCGGAGUCGAGGCAUGUUCAGUCGCGGAAAAGUAUCGUCAAGAUGUUGAGCGCAGUAGUGGUGAUGUUUUUUUUCUGUUGGGCGCCGUUUCACGCCCAGCGUUUGCUUUAUGUUUACGCCCGCGAAGCGGAUUAUUAUCCUGACUUAAACGAGUGGCUGUACAUCCUGAGCGGGUUCCUCUACUACUUCAGCACAACUGUUAAUCCGAUUUUGUACAACCUAAUGAGCUUAAGAUAUCGACGCGCGUUCAAGAAGACCAUCUGUUGCCACAAGCACUCAAGAAGCCCCAAUAGUACUAUUAUUCAUGUGAAUCACAAUAUUAAUAGUAGCAUUAUCAAUAACAGGGAAAGAAACUUUUGUCACUGUGGCUCCGAUCGGAUUCCUCAUCGGACUAAUUUAAAGUGCACAUUCAGGAGUACGAUAGACCAAGCAAAGGAAAUGCUGAAGCUAAAUUCAACGCGUCAUGAAUGCAACAGAGGACCCAAGUCGUCUAUUGAUUACACCAGUGUCAAAGUAACCGAGGAAAAUAAUGCCAGAGGGAUGCUAAUUAGCAGACGUCCGCCUGUCGAGCAUCAUCUGAGCAAUGAGAAUAUCAGCGGUCACGGUAACGGAGUUAAUGAGACUAUUUUAACAGUCAGCAGCGCUGUUUAAUUUAUUUUUUUACCCGUUUUUCGUUUUUGUGUCUUGUAAAUAUUUUUUAUUAGCAAUAAUUAUUUUUUUUUUUUCCCACAAUAGUUUAUUAUUAUUUUACUAUUACAUUAGGGAAAUAAUGAAUUGCCAAGUUGGGAUGGAAUAUAAAAAAUUCAUAUAUAUGGAGAUGAAUUUUAAUUCCCAGGAAAUUUUUCAUGAAAUAAAUGUUUUUCAAUAAUCGAAUUUUUGUAAAAAAAAAUUUAUGGUUAAUGUAUACGGUCAUCGAUUUUUUUUAAUAUUGUGCUGUGAUAUUUUAUAUUUUGUACACGCGUAUAAAUGUGAAAAUUGAAUAGAUUUCAAUUGAAUGGUGUAUUGAUAAAAUAACUAAUAGCUGUUCAUACCCGCAUUGAAUUUUCUGAAAUUAUCGGAAAAUAUUUACCAGAAAAUAUAAAGCGCGUUCUUGCGUACUAUUAAAAAAUUUAUUAUUUAUUGAUAACUAAAUCCCAUCACUGUUAAUUAAUAAUU